AUGCCUACAUCUGCCUUCUUCCACGAGAGUGCAUCCACUCUCAAUCCCCUUCAUCUGCUGCGUGCUCUCCUCCGUGAGGCCUCGUACCUGCCCGAUGCGACGGCCCGCACCUACUUCCGCCGCUACAUAGUAAGCAGGUUCAAGGCCUAUCAGCCCAAAAGUAAUGCUACUGCCUCUUUCGAUGUCGAAGCCGUGGAGAGGUAUGAGCACAAGAGCUUCAAAAGGCGCAAGAUGGCCGUAAUCAGGGAACGUGCCCGGCCCCUGCUGCGGAAAGGCCUCAAAGGCCUCAACUACAUGCGCCGUGCCAAUCAAGGCGAGAUGCCUUGUCUGGAGAAGAUACUCUACUUCACAUACGGUCGCAUGGGAAGGCGAAAAUUUCUACUGAUGACAGACUUGUUGAAGCCAGAUCCCAUCAUGGACGAGGACGCUGCCCAUGGGCCCAGUACAGGAGACGAACCACCACUGCAGAAGCUUUACUACAGCGACAAGCGCUACCUUCAAUUCUUUGAUAAGCCUGUAGCUACUUCCAAGACACACUACACCAUUAACAUCUCGGACCGCUACUCCCGGUUACGCCAAGUUCUGAAGACGCAGUACCAAAAGGGUAUAUCCAUCAAUCGCGAGUUGAAGAGCCCCGUGCUGAAAACACCCAUCAACAACGUCUGGGAGAGACCCAUGCCCAUGGUGCGCGCGCGUAACAACAUCAAACGCUGGUAUGCCAUGACCAUGACGCGCUUGCUCCCACCACUGCCGACGGAUGAAUGGGACAAGAUCCACGCCAUGAUUGUUGGCGACGAGCGCGUUAGCCUAGUCAAACGUAGAGUGCGCGUUCCGACUAAAGACUCUGUUCCCGAACAAGUACGCUUCGCUAGCACAGUCGACGCAGCAAUGGCACUGGAUAAGCCAACCAAGGCAGACAAACCCGCUGGUGCGCAGCGACCACAUUCCAUCACCCCAAAGUAUAUGCGACGAAUCUAUGCCAGGGUGCACAGACUCUGUUGCAAAGUUGAGUAUGACGACGAGCAGAAGCAGUGGAAACCCAUUUGGGGUGAACAUAGGAACACCAUCAAGCCCAAGAUAUAUCAACUUCCUACUGACGAAGCUCUGUUCGCCGGCGUCAAUGCAGCCGGGCAGGUUGUAAAAGCGCAAAAGAAACAUGCAGUAGACGCAUCAAGUCAUGUCCAGCCACGCGAUGCUGACGGCAACUACAUGCGCUUCCCCUUUUUUGCCGAAUUCCUCCCAGAAGACAAUCCCAUACGUAAGGAUUUGGAUGAAUGGAAGCGAAAGAGGCGUGUCGCCCAAGAACAAAAUAAAGCUUAG